GAUAAGGAAACGGCAAAUUGCCGAAAGAGGGAGGAGCGAAGCAAGUCAAGACCAGUCAAGGCAAGUCCGGUCAAAGUCAGGAAAAAUCAGGUUGUGGUCGUGACCUGACCAGCACCUCGACACGACCCCAUGGGGAUAUUGAUGAUGUCAAACACUCGAACCCUUUUCCGACCCUCGCCAGCGAAACAGAAGGGCCGAAAUGGAAAUUCUUGAUUUUGUUUGGCAUUUCGCAUCGCCGUUGCAUGGCAAGCCCAUGGCUGGAAGGGUCGUUGUCAUCGUUUUUGCUCGGCGCAAUGGAAAGGGACCCAAGGAUGUCUCUCGGUCGUUCCUUGCAGGAUGUUGCCGAACCGUGGGGAGGAAGUCAUUAUUCGGUGCAUUAUUAUUAUUCUUAUCACAAUUUAUUUUACAGUAUUUAUUGGUUCAUCCAUUAUUUACUAGGCGUGUUUCUUUGGAAUUUAAUCGCUGCCGCAUUCCAUUCAGGCGCUUAGGAUGAAAGCGCACGCAAGCAGGCAACUCGUUUGCAGCGUCUCGCUUUCCGCUUCCGUCUUCGUGAUAUGUGUUGAUGAGUCUUCGACCUCCAUAGGGGUGGCGAAGGCCCAAGCUGGCAGGGCAGGCAAGGCUGAGUAUCAAAGUCGUCCUCGUGAUGCUUUUCGAUACCGCGGCUUGCAUCCCGAACCACAGGGCACCUCCACACAAACACAAAUAGGCAUUGUGGCGGCCGCGUGGGGAAUCUUGGGGCUCCCUUAUUGAAGAUGGGUGCCUGAAGCCGAAUUGUUAUUGUUUGUGUUUUGUGUUUGUGACUACCACCAAAUAAUAGAUCGACUGCACCUAUCGUGACUUCGGAGGACGCGCUGAUCUGGUGAGAUGAGAUGAGAUCGAGGGAUACCAGCAGCUCCGAUUGGUGAGAUUGAGAGACGUAAGCACCGAGUUACAUUCUGCUUCCGAGACUGGAGAGCGUUACUUUCCAGUUUAAUGGUGAGUUUAAUGGGAUUCCUGCUCAGGGCGGAUUGGCCCCAUGGGAGUCAUAUGUGACAUAAUGGCUUCGUUCCUCAUCCAAUGCAUAUCGCUUCUACUCCAUAGAUUCCUUGCUGUGAUAUACUUUACCUAGGACAGGAUAUCACGAGCAGCCUUCCUCCGCUCAGCUCAUGCAGGUGUCGUCGCUUGCCACAGCCAGGCUGAGAUGAUGAUGUAGUAACUGUAACUCGAGGCUGAGUAAGGCUUCGUGCCUCAUCCACCAUCUUGUCUCGGGCGCGUAAAGCCAGUCCGAUAGACCAUUAUAGCUGUGUUUUGCUGCCCAUCUGAUCGAUAUUCAGGCUUCGCCCAAGCAUUCAGCUCGCCUGAUGUACGGUAGCGAACAAUAACAGACCGCGACCACGGCGCGAGGAUCCGCCCCGCUGUCAGUCAGCGAUACAGAGCGCAGCACAAGCGAUUAACUCAAAGCAAAGCAGAUUUGGAAUGGGCAAGUGAUCUCAUCCACGAUGCGAGCUUUGACAACACCAGAGUCAUAGAUAGAGUGCUAAGAUUGUGUUUGGGCUGCGCAUGACCCCCUUUUUUUUCUUCAUCGCCUGGCUGCCGGCCUGGCUCAGGGGCUUCUACUGCGUACAUUACUCGCAUUUUGAGGACGCUGGAGAGUUCGCAGGCGCAGGGCUGCUGUUCAGGAAUUGAGCGUGGUUAAAAAUAUCAACCAACGAAUUCGGAAUGUGGAUGUGACUUGUUGAGAUCCUUUGAAUUCGUUGGUUAACAAGGCCCGCGUUGCCAGCCAAUGAAAAAAAUCAUAGAGCAGGAUUUAUGUCAUUUCUCCUUAUGACGGGGGAGAAAUCCUGAUAUGAUAGGAAGGUUAACGCCAGACAUAUGAUUUGAUUAUCUGAUAGCGAAUGAUAUGAUAAGGGUCUGGCUUUUAUUUUUUAUUUGUUUGUGUUGGGUAAGAGAAGUGUGAUGUGAUGCGAUGGGGUUUGAUGAGUUGCACUCGACUGAGCUGAAGAGGCCUCAGUUCCAGGUUGACAAAGCGAGUCAGCGAAGGAAAGAUAGGAGGACCAGGCGGUACGGGUCGUGCCUUGCGGUCGCUUUGAUUGUCAUGUGGCGACUUGCGAAACGUGGGGAGACGUGGGGUUCGCUCAUGCCCAGUAGAAACCAGUUUCGGGGCAAGGAGUCUCCUCCGGUUCUGUCUUACAUCAUAUCUGAUUCAAUUGUUCGAGAUGGCAAUUGUUUUGUUUUACUUGUCAAUCGAUAAUGCAUGCAAGGACAUCGCGCACGAUUCAAAUCGACAUUCCUGAGCUCCAAGUUCCAGAUUUGCGAGGGGCGGAUCGAAAGACAUACAUACGUCCGCAUAGGAAUGUUGAAGGCCAUAUUUAUUGAGGUGGCUUCAAAUUAUAACGAGUCAUAAAAACCACUCGCAAACCGGCCUUGGAAGUCCGAUUGAUCGACGCUGAGUGACAGGGCAGGGCGACGGGGAAGUAGAUUCCUAGCUGCCGGUGCUGUACCAUGCAUGCGCGGAGCUGAUAUGCUGUGUUCUGGUCAUUUGUGAUAAUAACAUCAGCACAACAUGGGCUGAGAUUGGUAGGAUUUGGGGGUUGGGAGAUCUGAACGAUAGCCGCUUUGGGGUGAUCGCGAAGCCACAUGAUGGAUGCGCCGCAAAUCAAAUCAAAUCACUGUGACCUUGCGAGAGUUCAAUGAUGCUUGGAAGAUGGAACGAUGGUAGGGCUUGUUGUUGAAAAAUAAUUCGCAUGGAUGGUUUGACUAAUGGAAUUAUUGAGUGGAUUAUUGAUAGAGCCUAUGAAGAAGAGAAUUUCUGUUGGGUUUGGAAUGCUUGGUUGAGAGGAUGACCUGUCGAUGGAUUAUUUGGAUACAUUGUGGCGUUCCUGUUCGGGAGAGCGGAGAGAUGUCUUCCAUAUCUGAAUAGGGCUAGUGUUGUGGGGGUGAACUUGGGGUAAUUCCCGUUGUCUUGGGUGGGGCUGUCCCGUCCAUCAGGACAGACGUGACAACAUAGGGUGUGGAACUUUACGAUGAGGGUGUGUAUAUGAGUGAGUUGAGGGUGUGGUGUGUUGCGCUUCUGGAAGAAUGCGUUGGCGAGCGGGUAGGCGUUUGAAGCGGGAGUUUAUAUUACAUUGGAUGGGCGGAUUAGUUUUUGAUGUUUGAAGAUGUCUUCUGACUUGCUGUGUGACGGAUGAGAUUUUAUCCAUAAUUGACGAUUUGAGAUAUGAGAUGAUUUAGAUGACUCCUUUCUUAAUCAUCCAAGCAGACUCAUUUAAGUUGAUCUGAAAAGUAAAGUCUAAAAAGGGAAACUUGAGAGUAAUGCGGUAGGCCAAGUAUAGUGCUUGUACGAAGUCGGCGCACGACAUUUCUUGUGCCAAUUGGUGACCGUGACUUGUUACUAUCCUUCGAACCCAUGAACUCGCCCUUCUAGGUACGGGUAUCACAUGUAUUCAGGCUUGGCUUCUUGGUAUCGAUUUCAUGAUACACCAAAUGCUUCUUUCCGAGGUGUUUUCGUCGUCGAGAAGGGAACAAAAGACGUCCCCUCAUCUGGUCCCCUCAUCUGGUCCCCUCAUCUGGUCCCCUAAACUGAUCCGAGCCUCGGAACUUUCAUGGAGCCUUUACCUCAAGCCAUCAAUAACAACAGCGGCCCCAUCACCCGAAUUGUUGUUCCAUUGACAUCAAUGCGAAUAACUCGUAACUCGCAAGCCAUAAUGACAGCGGAAAUGAGACGGGCUUUAUUCGUAAGUUCGUAGAAUAUCCAGUAAAAUACCAGUAUCGUUCUCAGUGAAUGGAUUCCUCCAUUUCUCCGCAUCCUUUCGGUCGGAAAACUUUGUUCUACAAUGUGACGGCGUUUCCAGCGUGUGCAUUCUUCCGGCUGAGACAAUCAGGAGGGGAAAGGAGGUCACGAUACUCCGUUCCUUCAACGACAGCGGUUCAGAGGAUGCAAAUUCCGAACUGCUCAGCAUAACACACACGAAUCGUGUCGGCGAGAGGGGAUGAUGAAGCCGUCCCGAGAGACAAAUGAGACGACAGACGAGACGAGAGACGAGUGCGCGGGAUGAGUCGCUGAAGGGUCUAUUUGCUAUUAUCAAUUUUCAUGGCGAGCCACUCACUCACACUUGUUGGUGUCAAAUGAUGGUGCUGGGAUUUCCAAUCUGGUUGGCCUUCGCUUCACGAUGACCGGUGCAGCACACUUGACAAGCGAGACAGGGCUCCUUGCUGGGGAGUUCCAAAGAUUCGGGUUGAUGCCCUGCGAAAGGGAGGUGUGCAACCGGGGGUUCUGGGAGUCUCCCCGGUGGUGGAGCGCCGCCGAAGCCACCACAGCCCUGAACUGCCUCUUCCAGAGAUGUUGCCCCAUUGGCAAUAGACCAGACGAAGUGCCGGGUAGUGGCUUUUGGAGGCGUCUUGCCCCUUGGGGUAUUACAUCCUCCAAGAACACCGGUCGGCUUUUCCGUUCUUGGGGAAGGCUGAGAAGUGUCGGACAGAACAGCGGUCACGGGCGAAGAGUUGACCGCCAAAACCCCACGCUUCUAUUCCCAGCACCUCUCAGUCUUUCACGAUUCAGUGCUUUCAGGCAAGUCGGUCAGAAAAAUUCAGGGAUUCAGGGCAGUCCUUUUGCUGUAGCACGACUGGUCACAGUUCAUUGCAGCUGGUGCUUCAAGAGUCAUUGACUGGCAGACUGGACUGGAAACCGUACAUUGUUGCUUCACCAGUGUUCAUGCGACACUUCGUAUUGACUCCGCUGGCUGUAUUGGAGUCACCACCGAACGCAUUAUUGCAAUGAUUGAGCGAGCCAGCGUCAGAAAUAGGAACCUCAAGACGCUAUUGCCAGCAGGCCCAGCCAGCAUCGCCCACUGUUUAGAGUCCAUUGCCACUGGCCAGAACACGAAACUCUGAUAUCGUUUUCAGCGUUCAGCUGUGCUUUGCUGUCGGGUCCUGGAAGAAUCAUUUGCCAGAUGGUCCGAAGCCGAGCGGGGAGACUGCUAAGACCCAGUCUGGGUGAGUCUGAGCCUGAAUAAUGUCAAUAACAUGAACUUGCUUUCUUGCUCUCUUCCUUUCUUCUGCUGCCUGUCCUUUGAACGCCUGGAUCCCCCCGCGGCGGCCGGUAGAGUGGGCGUGUUCAUCAUUCCGCGGGCGGAGUUUCCGUGCUGAGGGGUCAUGUGCGCUGCGCUGAGAGAUGGCGAAUUCCAAGGCUUGAAGAGGCCAUUCAGAGGGUGCACGUGGUGCCGGGACCUCAAAGAGCAGGAGGGGCCAGGCUAUGGAGGCACUUCGGAUGAGGCAAAGAGCGGCGCAACUGAGGCUGCGCACAGCGAUGAGAGCCUGGAACUGGCACUGGCACUGGCACUGGCUCUGGCUCUGGCUCUGGCUCUGGCAUUGGCACUGGGAACAGCAAAAACGAAGCAAUUGCGCGGGCAAGAUUCUAUACAAUUGAGUAAUUGCCGAUGAUCGAGCGUGGACCGGAGACAGCAAAAUGAACAGCUGAUUGAUUUCGGUUCAUGACACCGCUUUCUUACAGUAAUGCAUACAACGCCGGUCAAAUAUCUACGACCGCUGGAGGAGCAGUGAAGUGAGUUGGACGCUGGGAUGAUGCCCUGAGCACCAAAGCCAGAGCAUCGUCACAGGCGCAGGAAUCACACUCACGAGACGAGACAUCGGAGG